GAUUCUCCAAUUCCGCUGACCACGACCAUAAUUGAAUUAAGCCUAACUAUUUGAUUGGGAUGGUGCUGAUUAGUGGAAAGCAGUGCUUAGUUUUAAGUUGUUAGUCUCGAUUUUAGCUGACGCACCCGCCACUUUCACGGGGCUAUUGAUCGCGAGAGUUAGUUCAAAAAUAGUGUAGUGUCGUGGGACUACAUUGGAAUAUCCUUUUCGCGUCCUCUUACUCCAUCGUUUCAAUUACUGUCAAACCAUCAAAAAAUGAUAGUUUAUUACUUAGUACUGAUAACGCCUAGCCUACUUACCGCGACUGGUUCCUCGACCGAAACAUUCCCCGUGAACGACAUCCUUGCAGACAUGAAUCCAGACAACUUGACAUACAACAAUACAUUCGACAAUGAUCUACUCAUCCUUCAAGCUGCAGGACUUUUCCCAGUUAAAAGUGCCGCCGUGCCAAGCCAACCUGGAAACAUUAGUAGUGACGUGAAUGACUUUAUCAACUUAAUUCCGGUGGAAGAGGUGCGAGCAAUUAUCGGGAAUUAUUAUCGAAAUGACGUGGAGGUGCGCGAAGGAUUUAUGUAUCUUAAAGAGUGCAAUUUCCUGCAACGACUAUUGAAUGUCACAGAAAUUGAUCUGUUAGUUCAAUACUUGGAUGAAGCAGGUCUUGAUGUGGAAGGGGUUUUAUACCAAAUUCUGGACCUCAUUGGAGGAAUUGAAACCAUAAAGAAUGCAACGUCUAAAACGAAUAUAGGGCUAACAUUCGGUAAUGACACGGAAUUAGAACUUUCUGGGGGGAUGCAUAUUAUGGUCGACAGUGUGCUCGAAGUCAUUCCGCAAGAUGAGAUACUGAAUAUGUUUUUCGAAAAAAUGGAUAGCAGUGGCGCCUUCAUUGCAUUCUUCAAUAAAAUUCGAGAACCGGAAUUUGGACGAUUACUACAAAAAUUAGAAGACUCUGCGGGGAUGAAAUAUUUAAUUUACGAUUUGCACAACCACGGCAUAAAUAUGGAGAAAAUUGUGGACUCUCUGAAGAAUUAUUUUUUCUUGGGAACUUUUAAUUAGAACAUUCCUUUGAGUAAAAUGAUUUCUAUAUUGAAAGUCAUUGUUUGUUU